GUCGGAAAACAUGGAAUUUGACCAAAUCCUGUUUCAGUCCCGUGUUGAGUUCUUGCGCCAACCCAACCUUACCAUGUUCCCAGCUGCUGUCUGGCUGAUUUUGCUGGUGGCCCUCGGCCCCUCCUGGGCCACGGGGGCCCAGAUCCAGGAGACCGAGGAGGGGGACGUUUUGAAGCUGGGCGCCUGUUUCCGAGGCUCGGCUGUGGAAGCUGGGGCGCUGAACCUGGGGCAGAGGUGGGGAGACCCCUCCCCAACCGCCACGCUCUUCAUUGACUUGCGAACGGUAACCAGUGCGGUUUCCUCCUUCGACUUCCGGACCUUUGACUCGGAAGGGGUGAUCUUCUACGGGGACACCAGCCCCACCGUCGACUGGUUCGUCCUCGCGUUGCGUCGGGGGAAACCGAUCGUGCAAAUCCACAACACCCUCACCAACAUCACCGUCUCCGGGGGGCGGCGUCUCGACGACGGCCAGUGGCAUCGGAUCACGGUGAAGAACGAAGGACACUUCGUGAUGUUGUUGGUCGACGGAGAUGAUCAACUCACCCUCAGCCACGUCUCCCACCCGAUCGUGAACCGGCCCACCCCUGAGAUGCGUAUCGGAGUAGGAGGCAUGUUCAUUUUGCCGAACGAAUUGCUCGUCCCGCUGAACCCAGCCCUGGAUGGCUGCAUCAGGCGCUGGGACUGGCUGAACACGAGCCAAGAGUGGCACGAGGGGGCAUCCUUGCACCACCGCGACGCCAAGGUCUGUUUCGCGACCGUCCAACGUGGCAGCUUCUUCCGCGGCGACGGGCAGGCCGUCUUUGCCCUGUCAGGCCUCCCCAGCGGGCUCAGCCCCACCGACGGCAGCUGGCAGCUCUCCGUGCAACUGCGGAUCGGGGCCGCCCCCCAGCUCAGCACCCUGCUCGCCGUUUCGGGGUUGAAGCAGCUGCCGGUCCUGCGCCUGGCCCUCCAGCACAAGGAUCUGACAGCCGAGUUGGGUAACCAGACAGUUCUCCAGCUCCCCCUCCCCGAAGGGGGCUGCCUGGACGCCCCCCUCCUCCUCCGCCUCACCCCCUCUUCCUUCACGCUACGUCUGGGCGACACCGAGAUCACCAAGCCCACCUCCAGGGCCGAUUUCGAGAGCCUGCAACAGCUUUGGCUGAGCAACAGGGGCAGCCUGGUCAUUGGGGGCGAAUCCGGAGAGGAAAAAUCUCAGGAGGCUCAUUUCUUCCAGGGCUGCCUUAGCGCGAUCCGGGUUCAAGGCCACGAAUUGGACUUCGACGAAGCUCAGCACCGGAGCAACUCCAUCUCGGCCCACAGCUGCCCCGCGAGCGUGGAAGGCAAAGUCGACGGGGACGAUGGGCAUUAAAAAGGGAUCGGCGGUGCUACUGCACGACGCGCACACCUGGACGGUUUUUCCACACCUGGGCCCGUGUGUCUCCGCCUCCCUCCGUUCUGCCUUCCGUGAAUGUGUGCGACUUAAGUUCCCCGUAGCCGCAACAUUGGGCAUCGGUGUGAUUGUUGACCGUGGGGCCGCCGAACAGCUCGGUGCCAAGCCAGAUUGCGGUUGUGUUGACGGACAAUUGUGGGAAUUGGCAGUGAUGGUAAUCUCCUACGGACUCCAAGUUUACUCGGCCCCUGCAGAAUUAGUGUCUCGUUGUUGUAUCCACGAAUGCUGGCCGACCGUGGGAACUUUAAGAUGGACGGACUUCAAUUCCCAGAAUUCCCCAGCCAGCUAAUCACUUUUCCAUUUAAUUCUAAUAUAUCAGUUUUCCAUUUCAUUGUCACGCCAUCUAGUUUACCUUAAGCUAGAUUAUUUUAUUAAUUUAGCUUGUCAUGGGUUAUUUUUUUCACUUUUCUGAAGUCAAGGUAUAUUACGUCAACCGCAUUCCCACCGUCUAUUAAGAAAGUUAUCCAAUUAAAAAAAAAAAAACAAUAAAGGUAGUCUAGACAUA